CUUUAGUUUGGGUACAGUUGGUGUGGAAUGUGGGAGGGGUCACGGGUGUAGUGUAACAAACACGAAGCCGGUGUUGUUUCUUGAUAUUAACGUCGCGGUUGACUUGUUUGAGAUACAGCAGUAGCCUAUCGCGUAGGAAAUAUGGAUUGUUAGCUAAUGUUGAUAAAAUCAUUAACUGGUUAUUAAAAUAAAAAAAUAAAAAUGAUAUACGCUGGAUAGAUGACCCGGAAGAAAUAAAAACGAACGUGGCACGAACAUGGCGGCGCCUACGAGUCGAUCAACAAUUCUGGUGCUAAGUGUUGUUAUUUUGCUUGUAAGUUUAUUUAAUGCAAGACAUCUUUUUAUUUAUAAAUGAUCAGUUUAAUUAAGAAUAACGGUCUGGAAAGUUUAGAGAUCAUGAAACGUUUUUUAAAAAUUAUAUAUAAUUUACCUACUGAUAUGAUGAUAUACUGAAUUAGAAUUUUAUUUGUUAUUUAUAAUUUAUACUGACUGUAACUGUAAGACUAGACUCUGGCUUAGGGUGACCAAUUUAUGAACUGGAAAAAAUGGGACGCACCCAACAGGCCCGUUCUUAGGCAUACGAUGACUACGCAUCCGCGUAGGGCCCCGAACGUGAGGGGGCCCCCGAGGCGCCCUCGAUCCUCUGGUUUUUUGUUUUUUUUGGUUUAUCAUUCUUAGUUGAAUUCGGAGGCAGGGGAAGGGAAGCAGCAGGGAGGAGCUUUGGGAGUGGCAGACAGGAAAUCGGGGGCUUGGCGGUGGCAAUGGGAAAGAGGAAACAUUGAUGAAGGCAGAAUGGAGAUGCCACUGUGGUGGGUUGCGUUUUCUCCUCAGCUCGAGGGAGCUCCACCCCCGGACCCCCCCCCCCCCCCCCCCCGGGCCCCCCCCCCCCCCCCCUUGCGGCGCCCCAAACCUACGCUCCUUGCUUAGGGCCCCCAAACUCCAAGGAGGGUUGUUGGGGGGGGGGAUAACCCUCCAGCUAAGGAUGGGGAGGGGGCCUCCACCGGAAAUGUUUAUUGAAAUAUGCUCAUUUUAACUAUUUUUUGACCUAGAAAUCUUCUUAAAGUUACCUUCACUUUUUAAAUUUAAUUUUAACUCUGAGGCAUAUCAUAAACAAAAGCAAUAAUUUUGCAGCGUCGCAUCGGCAGAGUGGUGGAGGGGGAACAGUGCAGCCAUCAUGCAAGCCCACAUCACUACUGGCACUGGCUACACUGCUAGCCUAAAUAUUACUUGAAGUUAUUUUAUAAAAUUAGGAAGUUUUUGUUUUAGAUUUAGUGAUUUGAAAAUGUGUGUGGUUUUAGAAAUGAGACAUUCAGGCAUCCCGAGAGAAUGUUUUGGGUCACAUGAUCGUGAAAAAACGGGACAAUCCUGUUUUCACUGGAUGUUUGGUCACCCUAAUCAAGCUAGACCUAAAGCCUAGAGUAAUUUAUAGUAUAUAAUUAACUAUUAAAUUGAUACGUUCAGUUCAUUAAAUUGUUAUGGCUAAUAAUGCAAAGAGAUAUUAAGGCUUAUGGCUUAUGCAAAGUGAUGUCGCCAUGACCAUAAUGUUAUUUACGUGUUUUUGUUAAGUUUCUGUUUUGGAUUCAUUCCCCCUUUUUUUGUUGUUAAUAGAGUCAAAUUUUCCUUAAUAUGACAUGGCAUGUUUUAAUUAAAUUCUUAUUGGUUAAUUAUCAUUUUAAAAUUUCUUUGGUUGGGUAAUUAUAAUAUCAUUUAAUUUUUACACGGCCGCCAUCUUGGUUGCCAUGACUAACUCGUAAAAGUUCACGGGUUGCGGCAACCAAGAUGGCGGCCGUGUGAUACUUCAUGGCUUCAUCUCUUUGCGUUUACCAUUGUUACAUAUAUUGAAUAUUGUCCUGUUUCGUCCUAAACAAAAUAACUGAAACAUUUGUCAUUUGCCCUGACUGAUUCCCCUCCUCUGACCGAUAAAUGAUCUUAUUGGCUGCCGUCCAUGGUUUGCCUUGUAAAAGUCCUGGGAUUCAUGCUGUUCUUUAUUUCAUAAUUGUAUUUUAUUUUAAUGUCAUGAUUAUGUCUCUUUUGAUUUUUAUGUACAGCGCAGUGAGCCCAGCCCUAGGCUGGGGUACCGCGCUAUAAAAGACCACUAAUUAUUAUCAUUAUUAUUAUUUGCUAAUUUAAUAAACUUAUCAGCUUAUCAUCUGCAAACUUUUAUUUCAAAAACUUAUAAUAAUAAAAUUAUACAGUGUUAGAGUUAUAAGUUCUUAUAAGUACUAUUACAAAGAAUUCCAUGAUCGAAUGAUAGGAAUAUUAUAGUCUCUAUAGUUUAAUGUAUGUAUCAUUUGAUAAAUGGAAUUUGAAAGGAGAGCUCUUCAGUAUUUUUUAAAGUUUUUUCUUUGUUUACAUUUUCAUGGUAACCAAAUUGUUUUAAUUAUGGAGCUUACCUUUACAAUACAAUGGUGUGGGCAAAAAAGGAAAGAUAUUCUUGGGCUUAGGGUCUUGAAUUUUUAUUAGUCAUGGUUACCACAUUCAAUAAUUUUCAUUUAUUUAUUGAUUCACUUCUUGGGGUUUCCUGCUUUCAAACCUAAGGUCAAAAUCCAAAGAUUUUUCUCUAUUCUAUUGUUUUGUACCUGAUUUCUAUGGAUCUUUAGUGGUUUUAAUUUCUCUGGACUGUCUGGUUUAGUAACUUUCUGUAAGUGAUCUUAUUUGGAUUUUAAAAACAUGACCAAGGCUAAGCCUUAACUGUCAAGCAUUCUCCAGCACCACACCUUACAAUUUUAACAAUUAUCAUCAUUGGUUGUCUCUCUUGAAUUUCCCCUUAUGAUCUUGAGUGGAGAUUGUCUUUACUUAAAGUUUAGAAUAAUUCUAAGCAAAAGUCUCUUAUGUUUUAAUUAAUGAUCUCUAUUCUCUUUUCCCCCCAAAGAAUGCUCCAGUCCCCACCAGUUAAUUACAUCAGCUGACCCCAAUUCAUUAUGUAGUAUUGUAGACGUGAAUUAUUAUAAGCAAAUACCUUACUUUUACAUUAUUUAAAAAAAAUAAUUUUUGUCAUGAAAAUUAAAUAAUAAAAAUAAUUGGAUCUUAAAAUCUUUUUAUAAAAAUAAUUUGCAUAUACUUUUGUUAAAAUCAACAACCAAUUAUCAAUUUUAACCAAAAUAUGAUUAAUGUUUAACAUCCUUACUUAAAAAAUCAUUAUUUAUGUUAUUUCAAUCAUGUUAUAUAACAUCCCAUACUCAUAAUAAAAGAUAACCAAUAAUUGUGCAAAUGCAUGCAAAUGAGAUGUGUUCCAGUAACAAGUCCAUAUUGUUUUAUUUAUCUUUAAUGAAAGCCAUUUGAUUGAAAAAAGUUUGAAAUUUCCAAAAUGUCAUCUUAGAUAAAUUGAGCUUACGGAUGGAUAUGCAUCACUAUAUUCAUAUUUAUAAAAUUAGAAAUUUACAUGAAAAAUGUUUUAAUUUUAUUAUAAAUUUACUAUGUAUAUAUUUAUUAAUUAGUCAGGAAAUAAAAGAUUAUUCACAGUAACCUUGGGAAAGAAAAUAAGAGCCACUAAGGUACUUAAACGGUAUAAAAGCAUUUAGAGUAAAUGUUAAACAGCAGCAGCUGGCUUAGAUGUGGUUUGCUGAGUCUAAUGGACAUGUCAGCAAGUGAGGCAGGUAUGCAAUUCAUGGUGAUGAGGUUAACCUGGAGUAGAAUACCCCAACCAUCCAGUUGGCGUUAUCCAGGAACACAACAAAAUGAUGAUCGGUGGCAAAAGAUUAAAAAAAAAGGUCCAUGUUUGUUUAAAUGAAGAGGACAGGAAGGGUUAUCAUGACCACAUAAAUUUGUGUAAGUUUUAAAAGGAAUUUUAUAUAUCAAAUAAUCAUUACAGAUGCUGGUCUGCAUGUGAUGUGCAGGCAUUGAACGAAUCAGUUUAUGAAACACUUGCACAUUUAUCUUAUUUUUUGAUGGUCAGUUAAUAUUUAAAGACAAGAAAGAAAAAUAAUUGUUUUAUUCUCCUACAGCUUUUGAUUCCAUACAAGUCAAAUGCACAGAAUAAUAAAAAUCGCAAAUCUCUCAUCAUUAGAGUGGAUGAUGUCAAAGAGUUUAAAAAACUGCUUCGAACAAAAACCAACUUGUUGGUUAUUUGUGCUCAGUCAGGUUAGAAUUCAAAUACAUAUUGUUAGAGUAUUUUUGCAUUUCUUUUUCAUAACCUGACGAAGAUGCUUGGUUGGUAUGUCUGUGUAAUGAGUUAAAUUUAAUUUGAACAAGUUUUGCAUUUUAAAUUAUAAGCUGAACUGUAAAGUUAGUUUUACAUUGUCCUCUUUAUGAAGUAAAGAUAUUUGACAAUAUACCAAAAUAAAAAUCCAUAAAACAUGAGAAUUAAAAAAAAAAAUGUUAAAAAUAAAUUUUUAAAGACAAGUAAAGUGUUGCCUUUCAAUCUCAAGACUGAUUCAGUAUGCUAACUUAAGUUUAAUCUAAGAAUUAUACAUUUUGACUGCUUUCCCUUGGAUUAAUUGUUCCUUGCAUCUACAUGCUUCUGCAUUCUUGCAAUGGUCAAAGCAACGAUCAGAUUCAAUGCAUUGUCAAUGAUUGCCUCAGAUUGUCAUUUUAUUGUUCAAAUCAAUACUUGAGAUAAGAUUCAAGAUCUCUAGAAAUGUAUGAUAUAAAAGUAUGAUAGAUUAGAUUCAAGAUCUCUAUAAAUGUAUGAUAGAUAAGAUUCAAGAUCUCUAUAAAUGUAUGAUAGAUUAUAUUCAAGAUAUUUAUAAAUGUAUGAUAUAAAUGUAUGAUAGUUUAGAUUUAUUGUCCAUAAAAAGCUUUGUCACCAGGGCACUUAAUGAAAAGUACUAAAACCAUGUCUGUUCUUUCAGAGAAAGCUACUGCCAAAGUAAUGCAACUUUUUGAGCAAGUGGCUGAAGAAAUGAAAGGCAAAGCAACUUUAGCAUACAUCAACUGUGGGUAUGUAGAGAAAAUAAAAAGAUCUGUAUUUAUCAAUAUACAAAUAUUUUAAUUUAAUUUGAUUAUUUAUUUAAAAAAAGUAUUGCUUACAGAUUUCUCUAAAUUAACUUUGAAGUUACAUCACUAGCUCAACAUGUAUAUUUAAAAAUCAGAUUUAGCACUUGACACUCAUUUUUCAGCCGAAUUUACUUGUCCAUAAUUAUGUAUCAGUGAUUAUCUCAUUCUAUAAUUCUUAAAAGGUAAUUUUUUAAUGAAAAUGUUUAAAAAAUAUUUCCAGUGAUGAUAAAAAAGUUUGCAAACAGCUGAAGGUUUCACCAACGGAGUUUGAUCUGCGCCAUUACAAGCAAGUAUUAUAGCAACAUAACUGUUUCAGUUGUUAAAGUACCUCCAUUUUGUGGAUACAUUGAUGCACCGACAUGUUUUUGACAUGUUUAAGGAUGUUAAUUGUCAAGUUUUUCCCCCUUCCAAUUUUCUUUUAUUUUUUUCCCUCAUGUUCAAAUGUUGGAAACCAAUAUUGUUUUAUUUACUCUCUGCAUUUAUUAUGAACAUUAUUUUUUUACUUAAAAGCUAGAUUUAAAUAUUAAAAAAUCUUUUUGAGGAGACCCAUAGUUUAUAAGAUAGUUAUGAUCAAGUAUAAAGUCAUGAUAUAUGGGAUGAAAUUAGUACUAAAAAGUAUUUCCUUAAAAUAGUUUCUUGUUUACCCUUUUUUACAGAGAUGGAGAAUAUAACAAAGAUUAUGAUAGGAAACUUGCAGUGAAGGUAGGUAUUUUUCUUAUUCCUCCUCUUUACAUCCACUAAUCUUACUCAAAACUUUUUUUUAUUUAAAAAAAAAAAUAAACAAGUUAUAACUAACUUAUUUUAUGACAUACAUUUCUCUCCACCCCUAGUCAAUGGUAAACUUUUUGCAAGAUCCAACUGGUGAACUUCCUUGGGAAGAAGAUCCAACGGCUGUUGAUGUAGUUCACAUAGCCUCUGAAGAUGUAAGUCACACUCAAAUGUUAAGUGCAAUAAUGGUUGUCAUGGAAUGGGUGAUCUAUUAUGUACGAUUAUAAAAAUUAUAAUUACUUAAUCAUUUAAUCCUUUAAUGUAUAUUUUAAUUAUAAACUUAAUUUUAAGUUCAUAUAUCUGAAAAGGAGUUCCUUUCACUAUUUUCUCUCUCUAGAUAUUGUUGCUGGAAUUCAGGAUGAUGUUUUUAAAAUAUUAUAAUUGAAUAAUUACUGUAUUUUGAUGCAUAUAAGACACACCUAAUUAUAAGACGCAACCAUAUAUAGGACGCAGGUUUUGACAAUUUGUGUUAAACAUAAUUUGCAUAAGACGUCCCCAUAUAUAUGAUGCAGGUUUUGACGAUUUGUGUAAAGACGCACAUGGUCUAGCCAUCUGCUGCAGUGAGCAAUUCAUAUCGUUUUCCUUUCCUUUAUUGUAAAUGAAAAUGUGUCCAAUGUUUCAUUACCUGUCGGAUGUAAACAAGGCCUCAUUACCAUUUUUAGUUUACCGGUAGAUCAAAGAAUUGUCUGAGGCAGGACCGCAACGAUUAUUAUUUAUUCUUAUCUGUCGCCAGGCCAAUAGCGAAUGGGUUGAGUACCUGGUAUCAGAUUCUAGCAACAAUAAACGCCAAAACUAUUUAAACAUACUGUAUUAUAUAAAUUUAAAACAUUUACUCCGACUUAACUUAGAUCUGCAAUAAUUACGAUAUACAAAACAUUGAAACGUAAGGAUUUUAAAUUUAAACUGGCCUGCAUUGAAUUAGUACACAUGGUAAUUACUGAACACUUAUCCAAUUGUUUUUACAACUAGGAAUGAAAAUCGUGAAACGUGAAUAUUGACUGCAAUAAUCGUCCUUCAAUAUCACACACCGUACCAUUCGUUUGUGUUAAAAGUACUUACCAUAUUUUUGCACAUAUAAGAUGCACCCAUAUAAAAGAUGUGGGUUUUGGUGAUUUGUGCAAAAAAUAUUUUAAGACGCAUCCAUAUAUAAGAUGCACUCUGGGUGCGAGUUUCGUAAAACUUUGUAUACGAUGCGUCUUUAAUACUCAGAAAUACGGUAAAUCAUUAUUUGUCAGUGAUCUUUUCUCAGUUUGAACAAAUGUAAAUUAUUUCAUUAUAAUAAAUUUACGUGUAUUGUUUCUUUAUAAUGUUUUUUAUUUUAAAAAAGAGGCAAUUAAAAUUAAAAAAAAAAAAAAAAAAUUCAACAUUAUUCUGUAUCAGCAGUUUUCAACUGUUUUGUAAUUGGUUCAGUUUUGUAAUAGUCAAUGAAUUAAAUUAUUUCAUUAUAAUAAAUUUACGUUUAUUGUUUUUUUAUAAUGUUUUUUAUUUUAAAAAAGAGGAAAUUAAAAUUAAAAAAAAAAAAAAAAAAAUUCAACAUUAUUCUGUAUCAGCAGUUUUCAACUGUUUUGUAAUUGGUUCAGUUUUGUAAUAGUCAAUGAAAAAUACAACAGAUUUGUAGGUAAUCAUGACUGCUGAGAAAGAUGAUGGAAACUGUGAUGUAAUCCAUCAAAUUUGAUGUUAAAUAAUAAUAAUAUUAAUUUGCAAGGAUGAUGAUUCUUCUCACCAAAUCAGGCUAAAUGAAAAAAAUAUUUAUAUGGUAGAAUUUUUAAAAUUAGUUUCUGUGAGUUAAGAUUUUUUAAAAACCGUUGAAAACUGCUGAUUUUUAUUUCAUGUUAUUUAAAAAAAAAAUAAGUUAUAACUUUCUUAAUUGAUAAAAUUUUAAAAAAAAAAUGCGUUUUUAUUUCGUUAAGAGGAACCCUGCUUAACACCUUUCUUUAAAAAUAACUUUUCAGAGUUUUAACAAGCUAUUGAAAAAGGAAAAGAAUCCCCUUUUAGUUAUGUUUUAUGCACCCUGUAAGUAGAACCAUACAUAAAAAAUCAAUGUCUGGCAUGGCUCAUUAAUUACUUAACCUUUAUAAAAAAAAGAGAGAGAAAAAAAUCACUAACUUGUCCACUAUUAUAGGAAUUGCAAUUUCAGAGAUAGUUUUUGCUUAAAGUUUCAUUACUGGUUGGACACACUACUAAACAAUGAUAUAUAUAUAUAUAUAUCAUGUAUACCAUUUAUCAAGUGAGGUAAAAAUGCCAUUUUUUUUCAUGCAGGGUGUGGAUUUUGUAAGAGAUUAAAACCAGAUUUUGCUGGAGCUGCUACAGAGUUAAAAAAUCAGUUUGUAAGUAAAUAAUUAACUAAAUGUAGGAUUUAAAUAAAAAAAUAAUUACCUGUAAAACAAUUCAGUGGUUUCAAAACUACCUUUGGUGACGUACAAAAAGUUUUUUUUUCUUCUUUUUUUCUGAAUUUUGCAAAUUUAUAAUGACAAAAGGAGUAAUACCAUUAGUAAUUUAUAUCAAAUACAAAAAUGUUUUUAUUAAAGUAUUGUUAGCAAUUGAAAUUAUGAGCAACUUUUAAGAGAGCUUUGUAAUUAUAUUAUUUCAACUUUUAAGAAUGAUAUAGAAGCUGUAUCUUUCUGACUGCAUUUUCCGUUGCCUCUUACUCCUUGUGAUUCAGUCUUUACCAACUUCAAUGACACUGUUAUUGGCAGUAAAUAUUCAGAAUGAGACUUCUCAAUUAUGAGUCAGUGGUCCUUGAAUUAUUGCAAAUUUGCUUGACCAUGACAAGACCCAGUAUUAACAACAUUAUUAGAUGUCAUAUUUAAAAAAAGAAAAUUGAUCUGUGGGUUUUACCUUACCUAGAAAUUCUUUGUACAGAACUGCACUGACCAGAACAAACCAUAGACUUUUUUUAUACCAUUAGGAUCCCCUUUCGGGGUAUUUCAAACUUUUCAUUUUUUAGGGAGCAUUCCCAACUUGAACACAAUGUAGGGUGAUAAAAGAGUUAUUGCUUUGUCCCCAGACUCUGGUGGGUAUAGAUGUUGAUAAACCGCCGAUGAUGUCAUUACGUGUGCAGUACAACAUCACUGGAUUUCCCACAAUCUACUACUUUGUGUGAGGCUUUUAUUGUAUUGAUUCAUGUGCUUGCUGAGCUGCUGUAGUGUUGUUAAUGUUGAAUAAUUUUUUGUCUUCAUCAUGAAGUAAUUAUCUUGAAUGAACAGUAAGGGUUGUAUUUAAGAGGCUGUUAAUGUUCUAUAUUUAUUACGCUUGUAUGAAUGGCCAGGUCAGCCCAGCAGAAUCGCUGCUCUUAAGGAAAAAGUGAUGAAGAUGCCUCUAAGGAGAAAAAAGAUCAAUGGCAACUUCUCAUAAAACUUAAUUGGCUGAAGCUGUAUGCUUAGAUAUGUUUUCAUACAAGUGUGUGAAGUUAAAUAUAAUUUGUGUUACUACAUAGUUUAAAAAAUAAUUCAGUAUUUAUUAAAUUUUUCUUAGCAAAGGUCAAGUUAAAUACAAGUAUGGUGGUGAAAACAACAAAGCAGGCAUAAUAGCAUGGCUGAACAAGUAAGUUAUACCUUUGGAAUAGCUUUGGAUGGUUCAUUGAAUUUAUUUGUCAGAAUUAUUAAAACCAGUAGCCUUCAAACUGGGGAGGAUAAGCUCCUAUGAUGUCUCAAAAAGUUGGUCUACAUUUGCCUAUAUUAUUAAUAUUAUUGGUAUCAAGAUUUUAUUUUCUAAGUGAGAGCAGUUCCAGGACUCUGGGAAGUAAUAACAUAAAUUUAGUAAACCACAAGUUUUUGUAAUUGUCAAAUAUGAAGGAUCUAUAAAUUAAUAAAAUAUUUUAUAAGCUAAAGCUAUGAUUAGCCACCAUCUAAUACUAUACACUAACUAUUGCUGACCACAAUAAUGCCUCAUUUUAUACAUGCUACUGAUUUGUAUUGCAGCCCCCAGGAGGUAAAAGAGAAGGAAAAGGAGGCAGAGUGGGCCGAUGAGGAGAGUGAGGUGGUUCACCUGACAGAUGACACCUUUCAAGACUUUAUUAAACAGAACCCAUCUGUUCUUGUUAUGUUUUAUGCCCCAUGUGAGUUUUCCCACAGUCCUGUUUUGUGAAUGGUCACACAUUUAUGUCAAAACUGGGGCACUGCAGGACAAAAAUGCAAAAAAUUAUAAUCUCAAACAUUCAUUUCACUUGAACAAAAAACUUGCAUUAAUUUUGGCUUUCACCCUUUAUGUUUAAAUUUGUUGAUACAUUUGAUUGAUUGAUUGAAUACUUUUAUAGCACUUGUGUCAAUGCUAUUUUAGCAUGCUCACAGCGCUCCAAUGUCCUAGUACCUAUUUAAAGAAAAAAUGUCUUUAAAUGAUUUCUUAAAUGACUUUCUAUCGUUUUCAAUUUCCCUCAAAGAAAAUAAAAACUUCCCGACAUAAGCACAAAUCAGGGGUUUUCUAUUUAUUUUCGGCACCCUACCAAUAAUUUCUAUAUGUAGUAGCUAGUUAAAGUGGGGGUGGGGGGAUAGAGACUUUUCUAAACUUUAAACAUAGGUCUUUUAUAUACUUUUAGUCUGUUAGCCAAGGUUUUCUAUGUGCCUGGUUUCUCAUUGCUAAAUUGAAUGCCCUUGGUGUAUUUUAUGUUAUAAAGUAUAUCUAAUGUAUCUUAAGGAAUGAAAUUACAGCGGGGUUAAUUUAUUUAUUUCAGAAAGUUUUGUUCACAUUAUGGCCUGAAAAUAAAUUGCUUUAAACACCUGAAGUAGAGGCCAUAAUGUAAGUAAGUGAUAUGAUUGGUAUAUCCUAUAAUCUGUUUGAUAAUCUACAGGGUGUGGUCACUGUAAACACAUGAAGCCAGGCUACACAGAGGCUGCCAAGGCCUUGAAAGAUGAAGGGGUGAGUUUUUUAUUUUAUGAAUUAUAUUUUGUCUACAUCCUGACUGGCUGUGCAUUCUCAUGUUAUUGUCUCAGAUAGAGCCACUGCCCAUCAUUUUAUUUUGUAUAUAUAAAUACUAAACAAAUUAUAUAUAAAUACUAUACAUGUACAAAAUAUUUCUUUCAGUAGCUUAAACUUUGAGUUUGUAAUAUAAAUUCCAAAAAUAGAUUUUGCGUUUUUGCUGUCACUACUGCAUGGCUCAGUUUAUUUAUAGUUGCAGUAGUGAAACAUUAAGUACAAUACUUUAUGAUUUACAACAAAAAUAAAUAUUUAUUUAUAAAUAUUUAUAAUGAGAAUGUCAGUCAGUCACAUCAUCUUAAUACAACACCAAACUGAAGAUUUGAAGUAACUGCUAAUGACAAAAGUUUCUAAUGAAUUAACGCUGAACUAAAAGUUUUCAAAUUGGACAACUAAUUUAAUUUUGUUUAUAAAAAAAAAAAAAAGAAAUUGUAAUCGCUGUGAAUUGUUCUUAAGCUGAGGUCCUUUAUUGGGAAAGGAAGAAAAAAAAUCAAAUUUUGAAAGAUUCCUAUUUUGAAUGAACAUGGGGUUAAAGUUCUUGCAUUUUGAAUAAAUUGAAUGAAUGCAAACCAAUUUUUUGCUGAAUCAUUGUUUUAAUGGCUGCAUAUAUUUUAAUAAUUUUUUUGAAAGAGAUACUUAUUUUUCAAUCCUCUCUUUUGUUUGUGUGUGUGGUUAAAUAUGCUUGGUUGUCGAGAGACUUUAUUGAUCGGAAUAGAAAGACCUUGCAUUCAUUAAAAGGACGGCUCUCUUAUAGGUUUGAAAUAAAACUUUAAAAACAAAUGGUUACAAUUUAUCUUAUUUUAAACCAGUUCCACCUAAGAUAUAAUUAUGAACAUUAAGUGAUCUCUCCAAACAGAUUGUUGGUGUACUAGCCGCUGUGGAUGCCACCAAAGAGAAGAAACUGGCCCAGGAUAACAACGUCAAAGGAUUCCCCACAGGUAUGAGUGAUUUGCUUAGGGAAAGACACACAGUAUGCAAAUCAACCUAUCAAUCAAAGGUACUUUAUAUUAGUUUCUGAAUAGGGGCAGACAUGUGACUGCUGAUUUAUACUGCCUGAUGGUAUAAGGCUAUCCUUUAAAUUCAGAGCUACGCCACCAAUGCACGCAAGAUUAUGUCAGGUGUGCCAAGCAAAAUACCCCCAAGAGGAGAAAAAGCACAAAGUAUAUGAAGGAAAAUAAAAAAAACAAUAGCUAACAAAAUAAAAAUGUUGACCAGUUGUCAAACUUUGCAAUAACAGAAAUUUUAAUAUGAAACAAUGCACUGUAGUGUAAUAAUAUAACUUUUAGCAUUACAAGCAUGAAUGUUAGCUAAAUUUUGUUAUUUAAUAUAUUUUUGCAUGUUUUUACUUGCUGUGUGUCGCCUAAUUCUUGGAAAGGCCUAUAGCGUGCCCCAUGUGUAAAAUUAUGGCUGAGCUCUGCUUUUAAUCAUCAGUCUUUAUACAGCAAGUGCUCAACUUACGACCUAUGCAACUUACGACCAUUCGACUUUACGACCACAAUCACUAGCCAUAUUAGAUUUUAGAUGACGACAUUAAUGAUCUGCAGCCGAGCACCAGUGGUCAAUAAAAUAUUUUGUACAUGUUUAUAUAUUUCAAUGAUGAUGACAAUUUAAUAUGUUUUGCAAUUGGGAAAAUGUUUCCUAUAGUAUUUUCCACACCUGUAUAUUGUAUGUUUUGCAAAUAUUAAACCAGUUGUACAUUUACAGUUACUGCAGUGUUUUUCUUAAACCUGACGAUGUAAAAAUAAGAAACAAAAUGGUUUAGAGAUUAUACAAAUGGCAUAAAAUGAACAUAAAAAAUUAUGAUUUAUAACAACAAUAAAAGAAAUUUAUGAAAUAAUUUAAAUUAAAUAUUUCUAAAACAUCACUUCACAUUACUGUACACAUAGCGUACUCAACUUACGACCAAAUCGUGUUACGACCGGUCUGUCGGAUCCAAUCAUGGUCAUAAGUCGAGCACUAGCUGUAUGUACCUAGAUCAUUUCUUGAAGUGGGGGGGGGGGGGGGGGGUUUAAAUUACAAAUACGGUGUGCAGCUAACCCACCAACCUAAAUAUUAUUUGUCUUAAAAAACCGGACUGACUUAAAUUGGAAGAUUAUAGUAAUAUUGUUUCUCAUUGGCAAGUUUUGUCUUUAUUUCUUUUGUUUAAGCUUACUUAGUAAUAUAUUCAAUCACCAUUUUUUUGGGGGGAAUGAGUGUAAAACUUUUAUUUUACAUUUCUUUAAACUUGUAUCAAUUUAAAUAAAAUUAUAAAUCCUCCACUCAAGGAGCCAGCAGUAAAAUGUGGAUGUAAUUUUACCGA